AUGAGCCAUCUCAACCGCAUCGCGCAGUUCGCUAGUCGCAAACUAGGUGUCCCUUUGUCGACACCGGAAGGACCUUUCAAGCGUUUUUUAUCAAUUCAACACCGUGUCUUCGUCAAGACUUGUAUGAACUUGACCGAUCGUCGUCAUCCGUCCAUGCUCGAAGAUCCUGACAACCUAUACGAACGCGUCGCUGACAAUUGGUGCAUCGAUAUGUGUCCGCCCGUGUAUACACUUGCCGACAACGACGCUUCUACCUUGCGCACAUCUCCGUUGAUUUUGACGCAUGGUGACUUCGUUCAAGUGGUUGUUGGCUUCGAUCUAGUGGUUUCAGGUGACGUUACCGGGCGUCGGACUUUGAAGGUUUUCUUAACGCUUAAGAACACUACUUAUUUGAGUCCGGAACAACACGACUCGGGUCAGUCAAGCAACAAGCGGUCUGCAUCUGCAGCGGAGCUGUACGACGGCUUGCCCAUGGCUUUCGCUCGCGUUCGAACGGACGACGCGGAUGUGAACCUCGUCGGUUAA